UAUUGGUCCAACGCGCCGUCGAUCGGCAGCCGGCCCGCCCCCUCAGAACCUUACAUUUACAGUGUAGCAAAAGAGAAAGUAACUAUGUUGCUGCUGGAGAUCAAUGAAGCCAAGUGAAUGAGGGCUGAAUGUGCGAAUCCACAGCCUAAGCGGAGCGCCAGAUGGUGGAGGGUUACACUUAUUUAUGAAACUGUCUUGAGUUCUUCUUGAAUUGCCAGUUUUCAGCCUCCUCAUGCCUCCGUCUCCUUUAGACGACAGGGUAGUGGUGGCACUGUCUAGGCCUGUACGACCUCAGGAUCUCAACCUUUGUUUAGACUCUAGCUACCUUGGCUCUGCCACCCCUGGCAGUACCAGCCACCCUCCUGUCAUCGCCACCACCGUUGUGUCCCUAAAGGCUGCGAAUCUGACGUAUAUGCCCUCAUCCAGCGGCUCUGCCCGCUCCCUGAAUUGUGGAUGCAGCAGUGCCAGCUGCUGCACUGUGGCAACCUACGACAAGGACAAUCAGGCCCCAACCCAAGCCGUUGCCGCUGGCACCACCACCAGCACCAUUGGAAGCUCUACCACCUGCCCAGCCAACCAGAUGGUCAACAGCAGUGAGAAUGCAGGCUCUCUAAGUCCAUCAGGUGGGGUGGGCAGCCCUGUGUCAGGGACCCCCAAGCAGCUAGCCAGCAUCAAAAUAAUCUACCCCAAUGACUUGGCAAAGAAGAUGACCAAAUGCAGCAAGAGUCACCUGCCGAGCCAGGGCCCUGUCAUCAUUGACUGCCGGCCCUUCAUGGAGUACAACAAGAGUCACAUCCAAGGAGCUGUCCACAUUAACUGUGCCGAUAAGAUCAGCCGGCGGAGACUGCAGCAGGGCAAGAUCACUGUCUUAGACUUGAUUUCCUGUAGGGAAGGCAAGGACUCUUUCAAGAGGAUCUUUUCCAAAGAAAUUAUAGUUUAUGAUGAGAAUACCAAUGAGCCGAGCCGAGUGAUGCCCUCCCAGCCUCUCCACAUAGUUCUCGAGUCCCUGAAGAGAGAAGGCAAAGAACCUCUGGUGUUGAAAGGUAAUGCCCCCACCCCCUCCCCGAGCACAGUCCUGGUAAGCCUGGGGUCACUCUGGGUUUUCUCUUAGAAGUAACAGCAUCCUCCUGCAAAAAAACAGAAUUGCCUUUCUUCUUCCUGUCCUCCCUUCCGUGCCCUCUCUUAAUUAUUUUGGGGUUGGGAGAGAAACCCAGCAGCCUUGAACUGAAAGCCAGAAGAUUUGGGCUCUAGUCUUGAUUCACCUUCUCAUUUGCAUUGUACAAGUCAUUUCCCCUCUUGGAGACCGUUUUCUCAUCUUUCUAUAAAGGGGCUUUAUGACACCAGAGGGCAUCUCCAGUCAUGCCUGGUCUGGUGGUUCUAUGCCAGUCAAACUAGCUGGAAAGUUCUUGUCUCUCAGACUUAAUCAAAGUUGAUGGAACAGAGGAAACCGCAACUGUGGUGAGCUCCAAGUAAAGCUCCAGGUACCAGUUUUUUUGUGGGAAAUUCUUCCUGUUUCUCACCUCUCUGAAAGCGACCUUCAGGAAAGGCAGAGAGCCUUAUUCUAAGGCCCCUCAGAAAGUAUAAGCUCCCCCCAAACAUCCUUUCCUCU